GGGCAGUGAUUGGCGGGGGCGGGCGGCAGAGCCGGGCCGGCGGCGAGCCGGAGAUGGAGGCGGAGGUGCCGGGGAUCGGCGCGCGGUGCCCGGGCGAUGGCGAGUGCGCGGUGCCCAGCUCCCCCCGCGGCGCCGCCGUGCCCGACCGCACCCGGCUCCGGGCCUUCCUGUGGUGCCGCGAGUUCCUGGCCGGCUCCUGGAAGCUGAUCGCGCCCGAGGAGUUCGGCAUCAGCCCGGUCAGCGGGGGGCUCAGCAACCUGCUGUACAAAUGCAGCCUCCCGGACCACGUCCUGAGCGUGGGCGAUGAGCCUCGGCAGGUGCUGCUGCGCGUCUACGGGGCCAUUCUGCAGGGCGUGGACUCGCUGGUGCUAGAGAGCGUGAUGUUUGCCAUCCUGGCAGAGCGGACGCUGGGGCCACGGCUCUAUGGGGUCUUUCCCCAGGGGCGCCUGGAGCAAUACAUUCCGAGCCGGCGUCUGCGCACGGAGGACCUGCAGGACCCCGACAUCUCCAGGGAGAUAGCGAUGAAGAUGUCCCGCUUCCACGGCAUGGUGAUGCCCUUCAACAAGGAGCCCAAGUGGCUGUUUGGGACCAUGGACCGGUACCUGAAGCAGAUUGCCGAGCUCACCUUCCCCCAGGAAGCCCAGCGGAAGAAGUUCAACCAGCUCAAAGCCUAUAACCUGCAGAAGGAAAUGGGGAGCCUCAGGGAGCUGCUGGAGUCCACGCCGUCCCCUGUGGUCUUCUGCCACAAUGACGUGCAGGAAGGGAACAUCCUGCUGCUGGCUGGGCGGGAGUCACACCCCACUGACAAGCUGAUGCUGAUUGACUUUGAAUACAGCAGCUACAACUACAGGGGCUUUGACAUCGGCAAUCACUUCUGCGAGUGGGUGUACGACUACACCCACGACACGUGGCCCUUCUACAAGGCCUCCUUGGAGAACUACCCCACGCGCCAGCAACAGCUGCACUUCAUCCAGCACUACCUGUGGGAGGACUCGGGGCGGUGCGGGGACACCACGCACGAGGAGCAGGCCCGUAUCGAGGAGGAGAUGCUCACUGAGAUCGGCCGGUUUGCUCUGGCCUCUCACUUCUUUUGGGGCCUCUGGUCCAUCCUGCAGGCGAAGAUCUCCACCAUUGAGUUCGGCUACCUGGAUUACGCGCAGUGCCGUUUCGAGGCCUACUUCCAGCAGAAGGCGCAGUGCCCGUGACCAGCCCGGCUCUGCCUGCCCCGCGCUCGCCUGCCUCCUGCAUCAGGCCCCCGGGCUCGCCGGGCUGCAGACGGAGCAGCGGAAUGGCCCCUCCCUGCCAAAGGGACAGCAGCUGGCAAGGACCCCAAGGGACCAAUGCCCCCAGAACAGCCUCCCUUGCCUCCUGGGGUGAGGGGUGGGGGGCUGCCCUGGCUGGCCAGUGAGCGGGGGUGGGGUCUGGGGGUCUGGGUGGGAAACGGUUAAUGUUCCGGUGUGGGGAGUGAAUGCAGGGACUGCCCUCCCCGAAUUGGUGUGAGGAUCCCCACCCCCUCCAGGGGGGCGGUGUGGGGCCGGCUCUCCCCACUGCCCAGUGUCGGAUGUCUCCGUGUGGCCAUGGGGGUCCCGCUGAGCAGGGCGGCUGCAGCCUCGGCCCCCUCCCUGGGGCAGGAGGGGCCCGACUCCCCUGGUUCCCUGCGAGUGCACUGGAGGCUGCGCGCUGGGCCUGCGCGCUGGGAGCUGAAUGUGCCACAUGUGCGUCUGCCUCUGUCCCUGUGUCUCUGCCUCCCCUGGCCUGUGGCGCUGCCCAGCUCUGCUGCCCCAGUGCCCUUCUUGCCUGCCGAUGUGACCUGGGAUCCCCUGGGGCUCAGCGAGUGUGGGCUACAGGGGGAGACCUGCAUGCUCUGCCCCUGCCCCCUGCCGGGCCCCUCCUGCUGGCCCCUUUUCUGGAGAAGCAGGGGGCGUUUGUAGGGCUGCUGCCCCCGCAGGCAGUGCUGGCCUGGCUCCAGCGCCUCUCACGCUGCUGGGAAUGGGGGGGUGGGCUCUAGCGGGGUGUCCCCUGCUCCGUCUGGGGGAGUGGGUGGGGGCUGCCUCCCACAGCCCUGCCCCAAAGCUCCUCCCUGCCUGGGCCCCGUGGCCGGGGCUCUGCACUUGCUUUCCCUGCCAGUCCCCAGAGCCUGCUGCUGCCGCCCCCUCGGAACCGGGCCCCUGGCAGGGCCCUCCACUGCCUAGCAAUGGACUGUGAACUCUGCACUCAGACCAAUAAAUGCCUGGCACUGUC